UUCAUUAUGUUUUUGUAAGAAAAUAACCGUAUAUAAAUUUUAAUGGCAUAACUAAAAUGUAAAGACCUUAAACUUAAGAACUGUCAGAUGUCAUUUGCUCAAAUUUUCUAAUGGUUUGAAAUCAAAUAAUUUCGUGAUUCUGUGGCGUCUACGUAUGUGCUGUUUAGUUUGUUGAAUUGAGUAGGUUAGAAUUUUGAUUAUAAAUAUUACAAGGAUUUUAUUAUUAAUUUCUAAUAAAAAAUGAGUCGAAGAAGAGCUCAUGAAGACGACGAUGGAUACGAGAGAGCCUACAGAAAGAGGCGUCGCGUUUCCGAAAAUCAAGAAAUAGAGGAUAGAUUGGAAUCUCUUAUAUUAAGAGUAGGAGAAAAAAGCACUUCUUCAUUGGAAAGCAAUUUAGAAGGCUUAGCAAGUGUUUUAGAAGCAGACUUGUCCACUUUCAGGGCAAAAAUUCUUAGAAUCCUUACAGAUUGUGCUAUACGAAUGCCCGAAAAAUGUACGAUUUAUACAACCUUGGUAGGAUUAUUGAAUGCUAAGAAUUUCAAUUUUGGUGGUGAAUUUGUAGAGUAUAUGGUGAAGAGUUUCAAAGAGUCUUUGAAACAGUGUAAAUGGGAUGCAGCAAGAUAUGCUUUGAGAUUUUUAGCCGAUUUGGUUAAUUGCCAUGUAAUUUCUGCUACUUCCCUCCUUCAAUUAUUGGAUAAUAUGAUGGACACAGCUAACGAAGAUAAUGUCCCUCAAGUUCGUAGAGACUGGUAUGUUUUUGCUAUACUUAGCACAUUACCAUGGGUAGGAAGAGAACUUUAUGAAAAGAAAGAAAAAUCUUUAGAACAUCUUAUGAUUCAAAUUGAGAUCUUUUUGAACAAACGAUCUAAAAAACAUCACAAUGCAUUAAGGGUUUGGGCAAUUGAUUCCCCACAUCCUCAAGAAGAGUAUUUAGAUUGUCUUUGGGCACAAGUUAGAAAACUCAGACAGGACAAUUGGGCUGAGAAACAUAUACCUAGACCUUAUUUAGCUUUCGAUUCGAUUUUAUGUGAAGCUCUACAGCAUAAUUUAGCUUCUAUAAUACCUCCACCACAUCAUGACACUUAUGAAUAUCCCAUGCCAUGGGUAGUGUUCAGGCUUUUUGACUACACAGAUUGUCCAGAAGGACCCACUUUACCAGGAGCUCAUUCAAUUGAAAGAUUCCUUAUUGAAGAACAUCUUCAUUCUAUAAUUGAAUUAUACCAUCUCGAAAGAAAGGAUUGUGCUGCUCAUUUGCUCAACUUUCCAUACAAAUUAAAAAUUCCAUUGGAGUACUGCAUUGUAGAAGUGAUUUUUGGUGAAUUACUUCAUAUGCCCAAGCCAAGGUAUCUUGAAAUUGCUUAUGGAGCUAUAUUGAUAGAAUUAUGCAAGUUACAACCUUCAACGAUGCCUCAAGUUCUUGCACAAGCAACUGAAAUGCUGUUUGUUAGAAUAGAUACUAUGAAUGUGUCUUGUUUUGAUAGAUUUGUUUCUUGGUUUGCUUAUCAUUUAAGUAACUUUCAAUUCAGGUGGUCUUGGGAGGAUUGGGAUACUUGCCUCAGUUUAGAUGAUGAUCAUCCAAAACCUAAAUUUAUUAGAGAAACAAUGCUGAAAUGUAUGAGACUUUCUUAUUUUCAAAGAAUUAGAGAAAUAUUGCCUGAAAGUUUUUCCAAAUUUAUUCCUGAGAAACCAGAACCUGAUUACAAGUAUGCUCAAGAAGGAGCUGCUGCCUUACCUGGUACCGAAGCUGCUCAUAAACUUGUCGUCUCAAUUCGACAAAAAUGUACCCCCGAAGAAGUUUUAGCUGUUUUGAAAGAUCUGCCCAAUCCUCGAACAGAAGAAGAAGCCGAUGGACGAUUUAAUCCUCUUAAAAUCGAUGUUUUCGUACAAACUUUGCUAAAUUUGGGUUCGAAAAGUUUUUCUCAUAGUUUUGCAGCUAUAUCGAAGUUUCAUUAUGUUUUCAAAAUAUUAGCAGAAUCAGAAGCCGCUCAAAUAUGUAUAUUGAGAAAUAUGUUUGAAUUAUGGCAUAAUCAUCAACAGAUGAUGAUCGUUUUAGUUGAUAAAAUGUUGAAAACUCAAAUUGUGGAAUGUUCAGCAGUAGCCAAUUGGAUAUUUUCCAAAGAAAUGACUAGCGAGUUUACUAAAAUGUAUCUGUGGGAAAUAUUGCAUUUAACAAUUAAAAAAAUGAAUAAACAUGUUAUAAAACUUGGUGGAGAACUUAACGAGGCCAGAGAAAAACUUGCUCGUGCUGAAUCAAGUGACAGUGAAUCUGAAGAUGACGAAUCAAAGAAAAAACAAGAUGAUGCUGAAAAACCUACAGAAGAAAUGGUGGAGAGAAUGGAAGAAAAACUGGAAUUAGCCCAUACGCAUCAGAAAAAUCUAUUCUUGAUUAUUUUCCAAAGAUUCAUUAUGAUUUUAUCUGAACAUCUAGUACGAUGCGAUACCGACGGAAAAGAUUACAGUACUCAUUGGUAUAAAUGGACGAUUGGGCGCUUACAACAAGUAUUCCUUGCACAUCAUGAACAAGUUCAGAAGUACAGUUCGACAUUAGAAACUUUACUAUUCACCCAAGAUUUGGACCACCAUAUUUUAGAAAUUUUCCAACAAUUCGUAUCGUUACGAGCUUGAAUUUAGUGUAUAGUAUACUUGCAGUUUAAUUUUUUUUUUUUUAAUAACAAAUUAUUUUGUGUUAUUUAAUUUUUUUUAAAGGACGUGACUAUACUACUACAAUAAGUUGAAAACGUUCUCAUGGUUUUAUUUGUAUAAGUCACUUUAUUUAUAUGGUGUAAAUUAAAUAUACUUUUUGUUCAAAAUAUUUUAUUAUCAUAUUUUACUUUGUACAAAUUCAAAAUAUACUUUAUGUCUUCAGCC